AUGGAGAGCCAAUUGCAACAAGAUCUGUGGAAAGUUGCUCAGGGACCAUGGGAGUCUGGCGUUCUUCCGAGCGCAGAGAACUUAGCGCGAGCAAGAGCUUCUCUGCCGGCAGCACUCCUGGGCACGGGUUCCUCCCUUGAAUCUGUUCAGCGACACAUUCUUGAUGAUAUCGUGCCAGCUUUCAACGGAGGGAGCAUCAGUGCCAACUACUAUGGCUUCAUCACGGGCGGAACUACGCCGGCAGCGCUAUUUGCCGACAAUGUUGUGUCUGCUUAUGACCAAAACGUUCAGGUGCAUCUCCCCAAUCACUCGAUUGUCACGGAUGUUGAGUACAAUACACUUGGUAUGCUACUAGACCUUUUCCGUCUGGAUCGCUCCGCUUGGCAUAAUGGAACGUUCACCACUGGUGCUACGGGGAGUAACAUCCUUGGCUUAGCCUGUGGACGCGAGUUUGUUUUGCAAAAGGCAGCGCAGAGGAAGGGUAUUGAAACCCAGAGUGUCGGAGAAUAUGGCUUGUUUGAGGUGCUGAAUGCACUGGGUCUUUCUGGUGUUCAAGUGCUGUCAACUCUUCCGCACUCUUCCCUGGUGAAGGCUGCCGGUAUUUUGGGCAUUGGCCGUUCCAAUGUGCACAACAUCUGCCAAGCUGGCAAUCCCCUUCGCUUUGAUCUCGAGAGGCUUGAGAAGGAACUCGCGAGAACUGACAAAGUGAGCAUUGUUGCUAUAUCAUGCGGAGAGGUCAAUACUGGCCGGUUUGCGACAAGUGGUGAGGACUUAAGACAGAUCCGCCAACUUUGUGAUCAGUACGGGGCUUGGAUGCAUGCCGACGGUGCAUUUGGCAUAUUUGGUCGAGUUCUGGAUGACAAGCCGGAGUUUGCAACAAUCAAAAUGGGCAGCGAAGGAAUAGAUCUGGUCGACUCAAUUACUGGUGAUGGCCACAAGAUUCUCAAUGUUCCAUAUGAUUGUGGCUUUUUCUUCUCUCGGCAUCCGGAGGUGGCAUCACAGGUAUUCCAAAAUGCAAACGCCGCCUACUUAAAUGCUGGAAACUCCGAUGGCCCUUCUAUUCCUUCGCCAUUGAACAUUGGACUGGAAAAUUCUCGUCGGUUCAGAGCCUUGCCCGUCUAUGCCUCUCUCUUGUCAUAUGGCAAGUCUGGUUACCAAGAAAUGCUAGAACGUCAAAUUGGGCUUGCAAGGAAGAUUUAUGAUUGGGUCUUUGAUCACCCCAGCUAUACAGCCUUGCCGAAAGCAUCGUCAAAGGCUGAAUUACUUGAUCAGACAUUCAUGUCUGUUUUGUUCCGGGCUAACGAUGAAGCCCUGAACCGCAACCUGGCACAGAAGAUCAACAACAGCUCGCGCAUGUUUGUCUCAGGUACCAGCUGGGAUGGCGCCCCCGCUUGCCGCAUUGCAAUCUCAAAUUGGCGAGUUGACGUGGAACGAGACUUUGCUUUGGUAUCUGAAGUGCUGGCCAAGGUCGCCCAAACGUAG